AUCAUCUAAUCAGCACCAAGAAGACUUGACUAAUCGUCCAAAGCCUUUAGUCAAAGAAAGAGCACUACCACUGAGUGAAUAAGAAAAACUUAUCAGCACCUUAUCGUCCAAAGUCUGCAGUACCACGAGGCUCUUAGGCUCUUAGCCAUGUCAUUCAGACUAGUAACAACAUUCCUGGCCUAUUUUCUGAUUCACAUUGGAGCUGAUGCAGGAGCAUCUGGCGAUGUUGGAUUCAUCUAUGAAGGAUUUCAAUCAACAAAUCUAAGCCUGGAUGGAUUAGCCAAAGUUACCAACAACGGCCUUCUGCAGAUAACCAAUAUUUCCCAAUUACAAACGGGGCAUACCUUUUAUCCUGAUCCCAUCAAUUUUAAGAGCACGUCUUAUAGUUCAGCUUUCUCCUUUUCCACCCAAUUUGUGUUUGCAAUAAAGCCUGAACCCUCAGGCCAGACUGGUCAUGGAUUGGCUUUCGUGAUUGCACCGACAAGAGGCCUGCCUGGGGGGCUUCCCACACAGUUCCUUGGCCUCUUCAAUGAUAGCACCAAUGGAAAUGCAACUAAUCAUGUCUUCGCUGUGGAGCUUGACACUAUCCAAACUCACGAAUUUCAUGAUAUCAAUGAUAACCAUGUUGGAAUUGAUAUUAACUCCUUGAUUUCUACAGUGUCGCAGCCAGCAAGUUACCGCCCUAAUGACAGGAAUUCAUUUCACAACUUAAGUCUUAGUAGUGCUCAGCCGAUGCAGCUCUGGGUGGAAUAUCAUGGGGAGAAUAAGAGAAUCGAUGUAACAUUAGCUCCAAUAGCAGCUGCUAAACCAACUACCCCUCUUUUAUCUUGGUCAUAUGAUCUUUCCCCCAUCUUACAGCAAACAAUGUAUGUUGGCUUUUCUGCAUCCACUGGUUCACUAGCAGCUGCUGAUCAUUUUGUAUUGGGAUGGAGCUUCAAGAUGAAUGGUGUUGCACAAGCACUUGAUCUCUCUCGGCUUCCCAAGCUACCUCGAUUUGGACCCAAGAAGGUGUCUAAAUUCUUUACCGUUGGAUUGCCUUUAAUUUGCGUAUUUUUGUUGUUAGUUGUAACAUCUGGAUUAGCUUAUCAUCUAGGGAGGAAGUGGAAGUUUGCAGAGGUGCUGGAAGAAUGGGAGCUUGCCUAUGGACCCCAUAGAUUCAAGUAUAAAGACUUGUAUAUUGCCACCAGAGGUUUUAGAGAAAAAGAGAUGCUGGGGGCGGGGGGCUUUGGCAGGGUCUACAAAGGAGUACUGCACACAAACAAGAUGGAAAUUGCUGUCAAGAAGGUGUCUCAUCAAUCAAGACAGGGAAUGAGAGAAUUUGUUGCAGAAAUCGUUAGUAUUGGCCAGCUACGCCAUAGAAAUUUAGUACCUCUCUUGGGUUAUUGUCGGCGUAAAGGAGAGCUACUUUUGGUGUAUGAAUUUAUGUCCAAUGGUAGUUUGGACAGGUUUCUGUACAACCAACCGAAGUCUACCCUUAACUGGAGCCAGAGGUUGCGAGUCAUUAAAGGUGUGGCAUCCGGAUUAUUCUAUCUACAUGAAGAAUGGGAGCAAGUAGUGAUUCAUAGAGAUGUGAAAGCCAGCAAUGUAUUGGUAGAUGCUGAAUUGAAUGGAAGAUUAGGAGAUUUUGGCCUCGCGAGGCUAUAUGAUCAUGGUGCACUCCCUCAAACCACCCACGUAGUUGGAACUCUUGGAUACCUUGCCCCUGAGCACUAUAGAACAGGGAAAGCCACAACUAGCACUGAUGUAUAUGCUUUUGGGGCCUUUUUGCUAGAGGUUGCUUGUGGAAGAAGGCCAAUAGAUCCACAAGCACCAGGAGAUGAAAUAUUGGUUGAUUGGGUGUUUUCGUGCUGGAAAGAAGGUGAUAUUGUUCAGGCAAUUGAUCGAAAAUUGGGUUCCCAGUAUGUGAAAGAGGAGGCAGAAUUGGUAUUGAAAUUAGGCUUGUUAUGCUCUCAUUUAGAACCUACGAUUAGACCAAGUAUGCGGCAAGUUCUGGUGUACUUGGAGGGAACAGUUCCACUGCCAGAGUUAUCAUCAAUUGGCAUUUCUGCCAUUGGUCUUGGUUUCACCCAUGCUUGUGGCUUUAAGUGUACUGCCUUGUCAUUGUCUUCUUCUACAGACAAUAACUUUUCACGUUCUGUAGCAGAAUCUCCUCUCUCUGGAGACCGGUGAUCAAGAUGUUAGUGUUUUCUGGUUUUAAAAGUAAUAAGAAGAAAGAAAACAAAGCACAUAUUUCUAUGAAUUGUAUAGGCCGUGAGUCCCAUUUUGUGGCAAAUCUAUUGUAUCUCUCUUCUUCAUUAUUCCCUGUGACACUUGCUGUUAUGCU